AUGACGGUUGCGACGACACUCAAUCUCCUCAAUCCAACAGUGCCGAUGACCGCCCGUCUUCAUCUGGCAGCACCAGCACUGCUCACUCAAGCAUGGCAAUCAGCGAGAACAGCCGAAGAUUCGUCCCCACAAUCUCUCCUGCGUGGAGGGGCUAUUGAGCAAGUUGGUACCACUUCACAUCGAUAUAAUUCAGAGAAGCUGACUGCAAUGAAGCUCCCAAAUAUGUUCCAACCGGCAAAGGACACCAAGGCAAAGUCGCUGACCGGACUCGAAAUGCAAGCUACUUCGACAGUCGAACACGAUUCCACAAAUUGCCCGGCGCGACAGAACUAUCAAGGAGUACAAGGCGACUGA